CGCAACACACUGGGCGCGGCAGGCGAGGCCAGCGUAGCUACGUCCUGUACGUAACUCGCCAGUUGGCUUCUUGCCAACACUGUUGCAGGCAGGGACUGCAGCACGACCUUUUGUGUGGAACGGAUCUGGAAGACAGCUGCAUGGUCAUAGGUGAUGGAAAAGAGAAAAGAGAGGGGGUCCACCGAGUUUGAGGCAACCGUGUGGAGACCAGAUGUACAUUCUAGGAUUUGCUCCUCUUCAACACUUGCAAACGGAAACACUAGCGUGCUCUCACAUUCAUCGCCACUCUUUAGUAUCACGCGACCCAACGCUAUUGCUCCAUUUGGCAAGCACAUUCUUGCGUUAGAACUAUCUAAAUGUGCAGACGAGCUUGCAACAAGGCUAUGUAUAGUGUCGGCGCGCCAAGAAACUGAAAGACCUCACCACAUUUAUCGGGUGUUUAGGAGUGCAGAAGAUUUCCGUUUCAACUUCACUCGUCCUGCUAGUGGCAGACUGCUAAUAUUUGCAUUGAACCCUUCCAUCAGCCUAUCAUUACUUCCAGGCGACGUCGUUACUUGGUUAGAUGUCUCGUGUGGCAUCGUGAUGAACGCAAUUCCACCGUAUCUUGUGACCAUGAAGCACUUGACCUAUUUAGAUGUGACUAAUUGUGGUCUAAUGGAACUACCAACUUUCAUCAACAAUCUACCUAGUUUGUGCGUUCUUCUGGCUAGUAGAAACAAACUCAAUGGUCUUCCCACUACUGUAACAGAGUUGGGACAGCUUGAAAUUGUAGACCUUGGAGAGAACCUACUUCAAGACUGUCAUCUAGCUGGUUUUGAACGUUUGGAAAAUUUAAGAGUUUUGAAUAUUUCUUUUACACUUGUAAAAAACUUGAUCAUUGGAAGCAUAUCAACACUGAUUGUCUUGCAUGAGUCUGUAUUUGACACUUGCUCAGUGCAAUCUUUUCUUAGUAGCAAAGAAAGUUUCUUUACAAUUGACAAGGAAACAUCAGAACUGGGGAGAUUGGAUAGAAAAGAACACGUAAUUGAAAUUGGCACAAUGGCAAAGCAAGUAAUGAGUUUCUGUUUGAAAGCAAGGCAGAAAGGUGGACUUGCUGAAAUGAAGCCAAAGGUGUUAGUGAUGGGAGAUGCAAAUACAGGAAAGUCAACUCUCAUUUCAUACCUUCAGAAUCAUUUUGCUGGACUGUUGGACUGGAACUUUAGUCAAUCGAACCAAUCGUACAGCUUGAUGAGACACAAAUACUCCGUUUAUCCAAAUUAUCUCUUCACUGAAGUCAACAGUUUUAUCAAACCCAAUGCUUGUUAUUACUCCUGCUGCCUGAUUGUGAUGGAUUGCUCUAACCCCAAUUUUAGUGAAUCUCUUUAUCAACAGCUUGAUUAUGCUGUCUGUCAUUGCAAUAUUCAGUUGAUUUAUUUUGUAGUGUCAAAGCUUGAUUUGUGUGAUGCUAACUUGAUGAACACAAGGUCAAUAUUAGACAGUAUCUUAAAUCUAGCAGAAAGCUGGAAACAGAAGAAAGCAAAGAACCUAACGUUUGCAAAAUCUUGUUGUACUGCAAUGAUAGAGGCAACAGCAGACUACAAAACAUUGUAUCAGGAAUUCUUACUAACAAGAAUUGAACUGCAGAACAAGCUGUGCGUUCUCAAAAAAUUGUCCUUUAAAUACUUUGCGACGAGUGCAAUCACUAGAGAGGGAUUAGUUGUUCUGGCAAGUAACCUAAGCAAACUUGAAUGUCAUCGUCGACUUUACCCUCAACCUUGGAUACAAGUUCAAGAGGAUUGUAUGGCUCAGCUACAUCUAACCAGUGACUGCAAGGUAAUAUGCAAGCGUACACUUGAUCUUACUGAAUCAUUACACAUUGACUCUGUCGUUGAGAACGAGAGCAAUUUGAUAGCUCUCCGUAUUUUACGGUUUUUGCUAGACACAUUUGUCGUCCAACAAAAACAGGAAACAGGAAACGUCUUCCUGUUUACCGAGCGCAGGUCAUUUGAAAAAAUAAUAGAACGAUUAACGUUAACAAGCGGCUGCUCACGGUGCAGCAGAGGUGUGUUAGAUCUGAGUUGUCUCAAACAGCAUUUUAAAAACAACUUAGAUCUUGAAAAUUUUGUCACUUUAUUGGCUAACGAAGAUUUGUGCAUUGAGGCUUGUCGUUGGAGCACGGACUCAAUAUUGACUGCAAUAGAAUGGAUUGACGAUGCUAGAGUAACCGUUGUCGAUAAUUUUUUGAAAAACUCCAGUUCUUUGCUUUUGCCGUGGCUACUGCCUGAAACAGAAUUAGAUCCAUUAGAGUGUACCUUACGUGAAAAUCUGAAGGAAUCGAAACCGUAUGUGACAAAAGUGAUUUAUCGAGUUUGUAAUAGACUACCGUUUGCGUUGUUUCAUCAAGCGUGCAUUCGAAUGCUUAAGGUACCGCACACAAAGCGUCUGGACUACUGGAAGCAAGGCGUUGCAGUUAACAACAGCCUAACUACCGCUAUUUUGAAAAAUGUGGAAACGUCAGACAAAAGUGCACAUGAAAUUUUAGCAUGUUUUAGUAUCGCUGAGACCUGUAUGUCUCAGUUUCAAAGUCAGUUUUGGUGUUUCAUUGGGAAGGUAAUCAAAAUUAUUGAAAUGAGUUUAAGAGAGUGGAAUUGGACUGUGUACGAUCGUAUGUGGCUGUCGGACAGCGUCCCUUCAUUCUUUGAAACUUCCAAUAUCUCCUUUAGUCUGAUUCACGAUCUUUGCGUUUCUGAGGUCGGACCUCUUGUGCUCUUUACGAGUAGAUCACCUCCUGCGUGUGAUACCAACCUAAAAGAUGCGAAAGAUACCGAGUUGACGACGGUCUUCCGAUACUCUGCCCUAACGGAAGCAGAAACUGCAACUAAACAACGAAUAGAAAUUACUCUUGAUCCUACCGCCGUUCGUGACGGUUUACGUGUUUCUUCCGUUUCUCACGUUCAGCCUCGAAAUGUAAUGAAAGAUCCAUUUGACAAGCCAUCGAAGCAUCCUCACAUGACGAGGGAAACGGAGCGUCUCGAAUCCUUUCGUAGAUGGCCGUCCUUUGCCCCCAAGAUCGUUCAAGCUCUGGCGGAAUCGGGAUUUUUUUACAGCGGUGUUCGUGAUGAGGUUGUUUGCUUCCAUUGUGAUGUGAACAUAGGACGAUGGAACAACGACGACAAUCCUGAUUUUCGUCAUUUGGGCAAGUCUCCCUGUUGCGAGGUUGCCAAACAGAGAACUGGCAAUACGAGUGGUAACGAUGUGAAAGCGAAAUGGUUUGAGGCAGGAAGCUCGUCAACAAAGUAUUCGAGUUCUUCUAUACCGAGCAUGACCCAAAGCCAACCUUUACUGUUACAAACGUCGACGACCCCAAAUUUCUCUCGGCAAGGUCAUCAACAGCCCUCUAAUCUUAUGUCUGGAUUCCGGCCGGAUGUGACGACGGAAGCGGGUCGUUUAGCGACUUUUGAUGAUCGCUGGUCUCGCUCUUAUCCCGUCAAGCCAGUCGAUCUUGCCCGAUCCGGAUUCUACUACACUGGCCGCUUAGAUUCGGUUCAGUGUUUCAGUUGCAAAGUUGUAUUGCGCGGCUGGGAAGAAGGAGACAAGGCGGACGAUGAGCAUGAACGCCAUGCUCCUUAUUGCUCGUUUCUCAAUCGUUUAGUAGGCGAUCUUUCUCAGCAUUUCUCUCUCCCUCCAGACGUUCAAUCUCACAGUCAUCGCGUUCAACCAGAACCGUCAACUGUCUCUUACAAAGAUGAAGAUAUGCAGUCCGAAAAAGAGCGUCUAUUGUCGUUUUGGUCCGCUCGUUGGCUGCGGGAUGUAUCUAUUCGGGCCGAAGAAAUGGCGUCGGCUGGCCUGUAUAGCGUCGGCGGAAACGUCGUCAGGUGCUUUCAUUGUCGUAUAAUGCUCAGAGAAUGGCUGCCGCACGACGUUCCAAUCGAAGAGCACGUAAAACACUCACCUCACUGCAGAUUCGCCAAGGCCGUGGCUCAGAAAGUUCGACUCGAGCGAGCGGAGCCUAGUGCGUCUGCCACGGCGGAGAGCAUGGCCGAUUAUCGUGCUCGUCUAGCUUCAUUCGUCAACUGGCCGACGACUUCUCCAAUACGUCCGCAACCAUUAGCCGCCGCAGGCUUUUAUUACGCCGGUUCGGGUGACAGAGUGAGAUGUUUUUCUUGCGGUAAUGCUCUUAAGGAUUGGCAGCCGGGGGACAAUGCAUGGAUCGAGCACGGUCGACAUUUCCCAGGAUGCGUAUUCUUUCAAGAAAAUGCCCCACCCGAGAUUGCAGUGACAGUCUCGGGUUAUGACGAACCGUGGUCUGCUGAGAUGUCUACAGGCACUUCACUUCACUCCAUCCGAAAGGGAGAACUCCCACCGUGGAGCUUCGCAACGAAUAAGAGCCUAACAGAGCCACUAGCAAGCGUUAGGAAGCAAGAGGCAGCGUCUCAGAACGAACGACAAUGGGGAGUGAACCAGAGCUAUUUAGACCAAGCCGAGGGUAUGGGAUUUGACCGAGGGUUAGCAGAGAGAGUUAUUGCAACCAACAUGCAGUUCACAGGUCGUCCUUACACGGACAUCAAUGCCUUUAUUGACGACGUCAUUAAAACUGAGAGAGAAAGGAGAAGCUCAAAGUUGGACAGCCAGUCUUCCAGAUCAGACACGUCUGCUGCCAGGAUUUCUAGUCUCAAAAAACCGAGCCAACAGGACCCAUUGGCGGCUUUGAAGGAGAUGGCUACUGGAGUACAACUAUACAGCGAAGCGAGCAACAAGGAAGUAGGAUCCUACUUGGAAACGACCAAAGAGAAACACGCUGGUGGUGUUAGUGAAAAAAGAAAGGCGAUGGAGUCGAGAGAAGAAUUUCUUGUCGGUAUUAACGCAGAGAGCGGCCCCACCUCGAUGGAAGCAGAAGCAAGUACUGGUUCUUCUUUGGAGUUUUCAGCUAUUGGUCAGUCUUUUCUUAGUGCAUUGUCCUUAUCCGGGACUCGGACACGGUCUCAAUUAACGGCAGAGGGCGGCCCCACCUUGAUGGAAACAGAAACAACUAUUGGUUCUUCUUUGGAAUCUUCGACUACCGGUCAGCCUUUUCUUACUGCAUCGUCCUCAUCCGAGACUCGGUCACGGCCUGAAUCAACGCAUGAAGAUGAUGAACUGAGAGAGUUACAGCAAAGAAAGCUGUGCAAGGUGUGCUUCGAUGAGGAAAUAAACAUUAUUUUCUUAGACUGUGGUCAUUUGGUCUGUUGCGACGUGUGUGCGGAUAGAGUAGUCGAUUGCCCAAUAUGUCGAAAGCCCAUCAAGAGAAAAUUAAGAGCCAUCUUUGCCUAAUCAAGAUUUUGAAAUAACAGAACAAUGAAGUUGUCUUGUAGGGGAUAGCUAUGCAGCUAUAAAUUUUUUUGGCAUAGAAUAUUAUCUACGUGUGCAUCUCGGUGUGAGCUGAUUUAAACAAUGUCACCGAAAUAACAACUUCACGACGACUUCGAUUUAGGAAAUCUUAGAAAAGUUUUGUAUCGUUAUCCAGAUGCAUGCAGAAUUGUUGUGCAUAGAUCAGAGAUUUUUCGGCGGCAACGAUCGAGCGCAGACCAUCGAUAUCAAGCUGGAAACUGUCAAUCGAAGUUGCGUCAUCGAUCUUUCGUCCGAUUUCGUUUGUCUUUCUCUCUUUUGCUGAUGAUCGAUGUGUAGGUGUGGCUGUUUCUUGCUUUAUCUGACAGCCUCGUCAGACUGGCAGAAUAUUGUGUUUAAUUUGUAUGUGUCAACCUGAAGUUGACACUCUUUAACUACUAUAUACUGUAUAUGUAUAAGAAAGCGUUUUCAAUUAGGCAAGAACCUUUAUCUUAUCUAGCAAGUCUUGAAGGCACCCUGUCAGUUACGUACUGUCUUUUAAAGGUAUAGAUGUAUAGAUUGUAGUCAUGUUGUAGCAAAUACGUUCUGGAUGCCUGUAUUCACAUCUGCUUUGUUCUUUUCUCUAUUCAGACACCAAAUCCUAUCCACGCCCUGCAACAUUCCAAAAGGAAUAUGCAUUUG